AUGUUCGGCGCCUUUGACGGCUUCGCCGUGGAUUUUCAAGAUGCGGACGUGAUCAAGAUCUUCGUUCGGAGGAACGGCACUUCCGAUGCGCUUCGAGAGGUUUUUUUGCCGCCCAACUCCAAGAUCUCAGACCUUCUGGAGAAGUGCACCAAGGCACUCGAGUUGGAGACUCCGGCCGCCAAGGCAUUCCAUUCCAAUGGCGUGGAAUGCACCGAUGUGGAUCAGGUCGAUCAGGUGCCUUCCUCCAGGGACUCCGCGAAAAACGCCAUGUUGCGCCUGGCCUUUACGGCUCUGCUGUGCCACCUGGGCGCUGCCAUCGCGGCGGAUUCCACAUGUCAACUGCAGCUGGAAGAGCCGUGGACCACCACGAGCUCGGGGCUGCAGUACCGAGACAUCGUGGUAGGUCAGGGUGAAGCACCUGUCAAGGGGCAAAGUGUGAAAGUGCACUACACCGGCAAACUGGAGAAUGGCCAGGUUUUUGAUUCCUCGUUAAAGGGCAAUCCAUUGGAGUUUGCCGUGGGCACUGGACAAGUGAUCCCCGGCUGGGAUGAGGGCAUUCUGACAAUGCGCGUGGGCGGCAAACGGCAGCUCAAGAUACCCUCAAAGCUGGCCUACGGAGCAGAGGGAGUAGGGCCAAUCCCUCCGGAUGCCACCCUCCUCUUCGAUUGCGAGCUGGUCGCCCUGGUCGCCCUGGUCGCCUUGGGGUCUAAGUAG